GUUGUCCCGAAUACGGCGCCGCCGGCGGCGCCGGCCGCUCCGCCGGAAUCGCUCCCGGCGGAGCCGCCUGCGCUCGACCCCAAACCGGCGGCGGACCCGGCGCCGAGCAGCGAGGUCGUGACGCCCGAGGUCGUCGCCGCCGACAGCGACAGCGACGACGACCUCGAGCUCGAGGGCCUCAUCGCCUGCCAGGAGACGACGUUCCACGAGGCGCCGCCGCCGCCGCGGUCGCCGAGCCCCGCGGGCCCCGACUACGCGGGCCUCGCGGACCUCAGCCGGGAGCGGCUCGCGUGUCGCGUCGCCGAGGCCGGCGGCGACGGCGCCGCGAUCCGGACGUCCUGGGCCGUCGCCGCGCGGCCGGGCGUCGGCCGCGCCGCCGUGGCCUACACGACGACGGCGCCCUGCGGGCGCACCUUCGGGUCCUGCUGCGCGGACGACGUCCUCGAGUUCCUCGACCUCGCGCCGAAGAAGCGGAGGACGCCGCCGCGCGCCGAGCCGCGGCCGCCGCCGCCGGCGCCCAAGGCGCCCAAGCCGCGGGCCGCCGCGCCCACGCCCGCCGCCCCCCGGCCCGACGACGAGCCCGCGACGUACGACGGCGUCGUCUAUCGGAUGGGCGAGCGCGUCCGCGCGCGCUACAACCGCGGCUCCGUCGCCUACGGCGCGCUGGUCGCGCGCGUCUACCGCGAGGCCGACGGCCCGCUCUACGACCUC